GCGACCUGUUGCGUGCAAAUGCCUGUCGCAUCGUGCCAGCGACUAAAUAUUCUUCGACUUUUUGUUGCCUGUCGUAAGACAUCAUAUGUUAGCCCUUUAAGAAAAAUGUCGCAGCAAGAUACCGCAGGAAGUGAGCACAAGGCUCUCAGGAAGUGGGUGCAGGGCAGCGGUGUUCAUUGUACGCGGGGCUGCGUGAGAGAAGAAGCAACACGCAGACAGGGGGCUUGCAAAGUACUGGAUAGCAACUACCUGCCAGCUUCUACCUGACUGCCAUGCCGACGGCUCAGGAUUUGAAGACGAAGGAGGAGAAAGAUGCUGCGCUGGACAAGAGAAUCGAAGCGCUCCGCAAGAAGAACGAGGCUCUGGUCAGGAGAUACCAGGAAAUCGAGGAAGAUAAGAAGCGGGCGGAGCAAGAAGGUAUCGCCGUGACGACGGCACGGAAGCCACGCCCCUCUGAUUCAGAGAGCGCCGAUCACAGGAGGACAGAGAAGGAGAACAUCAGCAUUACUGUUGACCUGUCCAAACCUGCUGGGGUAAGGAAGGACAGAGGGAGCCUCACUGGGGUGCAGGGUGGGGCAGAUGGCUUAGAGCCGUCCCUUCACUUUGCAGCCCCCUCCAUGGCUGUUAGUCGUUUACUGUUCUCGAGUCGGUCGGUCGCCCCGCCCCCCGGUUCCGCCCCCAGGGGGGUCCGCCCAAAGGGGGGUCCUCAGCCCCCCCCCAGAGAGGGGGGGGGUCGGGCCGGCUCGGGAGGGGGAGGCAGGGGCGGUCCUAGAUACGACUGGGGGGGAGGGGGGGAGCAGAGACACGACCGAGGGGAGAGUCACCCAGACAGAGGCGAGCUGCACCAGAGCCCGGACAGCCAGCCUGCAGGGGGUGCUGUGAGGACAGAGAGAGCGCCAAGAGGGAGGCGGGGCCGAGGGGGAGGGGCCGGAAACGCUGGCAACGCCGCCGGUAACCCCGGCAACCCCGGGCCCGACAGGAGGGCCAAGGAGUGGGAAGAGAAGCGAAGACUGAACAUCGAGAAAAUGAACGAGGAGAUGGAGAAGAUCGCUGAGUACGAGAGAGGCAACAGGAGUGACGGGCAGGGAGAGAAGAAUCCGGGUCGGAAUUUCCUGGAUGACUAUCGACGUUCUGGGCCUGUUCCGGAUGCAGAUCGCAAGGAGGGGAGCAGACGGCACGUCCGAAACUGGGGGGGGGUCGACUUCGAGAGGGUGAAGACUGGGGGGCCCGAGUGGGACAAGGAGUGGCAGGGCCGGCGGGCUGGGGGUCCCAAGGGCUGCGUUGACAUGACGAUGUUGAUGACGGGUCGGGAGCGCUCCGAGUACGAGCGCUGGAAGCAGGAACGGGAGCAGAUCGACCAGGACAGGCUGGCAAGGCACCGCAAUGCCACGGGACAGUGGAGGAGGGAGUGGGACGCUCAGAAGACCGAGAGCAUGUUUAAGGAGGCGUGCGCCGCAAUGCAGGAACAAGGAGAGACAGACAGCAGAAGAGAGGAGAACAAACGUCCACCCAAGCAGCCCACAUUCGGAGACUUCCUGGGCCAGGGGAAGGGGAGAGAGGCGGGGAGGGGGAGAGGCAGAGGGAGAGACAGGAAUUACAGCAUGCAUGAUAACCGCUGGGAGGAGGAGGUGAAGGGAGGAGAGGCUGAAGGGAAGAAAGAAGCAGGACCUCCGAGGAAUAAGGAUGAAGCUCAGAAGAAGGCUGAAGACGAGGGGGCGCCAAGCCAGGAGGCAGAUGAGGACCAGUGGGAGGAUGCCAACGACGGGGAGGAGGGAGAGGAGGAGGAGAAAGAAAAGAAACCACCACAAAAACAGAAGAAGCGACCGUCUCUCUCGACAGCUUCCAAACCCCUUCGCUCCUCCACCACCCAACCGAGGAGGAAGGAGGGGCUCAGGGCUGGGGGGGACCACCCCAAACAGCAGCUGCCCCCCAAGCAGACCACCCCAGAGCCCCCCUCCCCCGAACCCAGGAAACCCCUAAGCCCCUUCUCCCUGGCGGAUGGCUACCAUCCCGUCUCGAACUGGGGGGAGGAGAUGGAGCUACAGUCGCCCCGCGGCAAUUUAGGAGAGCUUGCCCUGGGGCGGCCCUCCUCUGCCGACCCCAAACCCACACCCCCCGAGAGCGGGCCCAGCUGCACCAAACUGCUGCUGGGUGAGGAUCCGGAGGUAGGGGCCGAGAGCAAAGCUGAGCCUGGAGAACCGGAGAGGGGCAGGGAAACUCGGAGUCCAGCCAGAGAUGAAGGCUCCAGCGAGGAGAAGCUAAACAGCCCAGCCGACCUCCAAACGGAGCCAGAGCCUGCCGCUCGGAGCCUGGUGGAGUCUGAGAACGUGUCUGGAGGUCUGGAGACAGGCGUUGCCUCGGAAGGGUUGCUGGAGACGGGCAGGGAAGCUCAGGGUCCAGCCAGAGAUGAAGGCUCCAGCGAGGAGAAGCUGAACAGCCCAGCCGACCUCCAAACGGAGCCAGAGCCUGCCGCUCAGAGCCUGGUGGAGUCUGAGAAUGUGUCUGGAGGUCUGGAGACAGGCGUUGCCUCGGAAGGGUUGCUGGAGACGGGCAGGGAAGCUCAGGGUCCAGCCAGAGAUGAAGGCUCCAGCGAGGAGAAGCUGAACAGCCCAGCCGACCCCUCAACGGAGCCAGAGCCUGCCGCUCGGAGCCUGGUGGAGUCUGAGAACGUGUCUGGAGGUCUGGAGGUCAGCGGUCUGUCCACUAGCAUGCCGGAGAGUGAGGAGGAGGGAGAGGGUGCAGUCGAAUUAAAGCUGCACAGCGCUGCCCCCGAUAGCCAGGGCACAAGCGAUGAGACUGAGGAAAGAGAGAACGAGCCCGGCAGCACAGAGACAGCUGCAGCCAGCCAGUCUGAGGAGAGGCUAGCAGCGGAGUCUGAUCCCUCACUAGAGAGAGCCCCCGCUGUGCCAGAGCCCCAGAUGGACACACCCCCCCGCUCUGAAGCGGACCCCUCCAGCCAGGUGUCGAACCCGCAGCCAGACCAGGACCUCGAACUGGCCACAGAAAGCCAGACGGCGACAGGGUGAAGGGAGGUCCUAUGGAAUGGGCUGUUGGUUUCCCAGUUUACAGAAGAGACAGAUUGAAAUGGAGAGGCCUGUAUAAUCGCUCUUAUGAAUGUUGCCCGUUCCCGGGAUGAGAAUCACAAUUUGUAAAAAUUCAGAUAUAUGUAUAUUAUCACAUAGUUUAAGAAUUGGGGAAAUGUAUCUCUUUACACAGACUGUAUUGCUAAGUAUCUGGUAAGUGAAACAGGACUAAUUGUACAGGAGCGAGUGGAGAUUGAGACGCUGACUUGUCAAACCAAUGCAGUUUCACCUUCUCCAUCUCUUCAAGGGUGAAGUUGAUGCUGAUUUCUGUUUAUUUUAUUUUUGGAGUUUCAGUCCAUUUGCUUGAAACGCAACCAUAAAAUAAAAUAGCGAUGGUGCAUCGAUUUGGAAAUGCAGAAAAAUGGAUCGUACAAGGACAAAGGCUUGAACCGCAAGAUUUAUUUUUAGUAUUAUCAAUCAAACAUUGGCAAACGACCAAAAAAAAAAAAAGGUAUUUUUUAGUGAGGUGGGCAGAUACAGUCCGAACACAAACUUCCAUAUUUGUUUAGAGCUUGUAAACUAUUAACCCUUUAUGUCCUGCUGUCCUCGUCUUGAGAAGAGGCUACUUUAUAAUUGAACUGGCCUCGGCUGGUUUCGUUCUCUACAGCUGUUUUGUUUUGACAGCUUACUCCUAAUCGUGUUAAAUGCAAAUGAUAACCCUAACUAUCCAGUGACAUGCUUAAUAGUGUGCAUGGCAGUCAUGUUGAGUAAACUUGAAAAGACCAACUCUUGACAUUUAUUAUUAUUAUUAUUAUUAUUAUUAUUAUUAUUAUUAUUAUUAUUAUUAAUAAUAAUAAUAAUAAUAAUCUUUUGAAGUCUCUUAGUUGGUGACGAAGAUUAUAGUUCUACAAAAAAUAAUAAUAAUAAUAAUAAUAAUUAAAUUUUAUGUUUUUUUUAACUGACAACAAUUAUCCUUUGAUUUCUGGGUGUAAGAUUAGCACCCCAAAUAUGAAAUAGCACAUAACAAGAGUAUUAUUAUUAGUAUUAGGGUUAUUUGGUUUAGGACUUGAGUGCACUUUUAAUGAAUUAACCGUUUGCAAUACGAGUGGCUUUGAGAUCAUGUUUUAAGAGCAUCGCAAUUCAGUGAGGUAGAUUUCUCUAUCCGCUUUGAUAAAACAGUAUAUAGAUCCUAUAUUUCAGACUGUGUGAAUAACGGAGGCAUGGAUUGCUGUACACAGUGUCUACUUUAAUUUGGAUUAAUUUGCAAAGGUGAGGGUUUAUAUCCCAAACGCUUGCGCGUUGCUUCUAAUUUAUACGCGUUUAAUAAUGUCCUGUAAAAAGAUACAAUGCUUGAUAAGUGUAUAAUUGUACGGGGGGCUAUAUAUGAAUUACAAAAAGGAAAAUUAUAAAGGAAUAAGUUUGAAGGGAAACUUCUGUGUAAAAACUUUCACCAAAGAAACUUUGUUUAGUUGUGCUGUGUUGCUGUCUUAGUUAAUGGGAAGAGAAUCGUCUAUUCUUCGGCUUCUGUGGCCGAGUGCUGCUGUCAUGAUAAUAUUCAAACUGGACCAGCUGUCUGAAGGAUGACACGCUUGUGGUGACACUUUUUGUUUUUACUCAAAUAAAGUCUUUAAAAGGU